AUGAACAAGACAUACACUUCCGUAACGCUACAAGACAAGGUCUCGAGCACACCCGUGAUUGCUGUUGCUACAACCUACAAUGAUGGUGGUAACAAGGGUCUCUAUAACCGAUUCCUCGAUUUCAACAGCAUUGUCACUGGCCAGACUACCCCACCUGAUUAUCCACCACUUGUAUCUCUUACAGCAUCCGGAUCUGGCCUCGUUGCUGGUGAAAAUUUGAAGAUCACUAUCGGUGGUGCUGGUUCUGCUAUGGGAGGUGUUUGCCGUCUCUAUUACAAGUCCCUCGUUCUUCCAGCUGAAAAGUAUCACGCACUUGCUGGUGCUCUCAGAGCUGGCUACGUGAAGAAAGUUCACUUCGUUGCAUCAGAUGUCAGCACCGUUAAUAACACCACAGCCGUCUUACCUUAUCAAGUUACAGGUGGCCUAACCCAAAUUCAAAAAUACGGUGCCCUUGGUAUCAACAACGUGGAUGCCCAGCUCAGAUCAUGCAAUAUCGACAUCAAUGAUGAACAAUACUUCAACAAGGACAUGUUCCUUGAUCUUGAACUCUGGAACCAAGUCCGUGAAUGUAUGGUUGGUUACGGCACCAGUAACGAAAUCGGCAGUCUCUUGAAUUACCACGAUUGGAAGAACUUUAUCAUCCGUAACGGUAGCACUUCUGUUGCAUACGACAAGUUUAUGGGUAACCCUGAUACUCGUGCUGGCAGCCUUGGUGAUAUGAACGACAUCAAACGUGUUCGCCAAAAUGCUGAAGACGCUCUCGGCAUCUAA